UCUCGCGGGGCCUGCCGGGAUACGUGCCGAGGGGCCGCUGUCGUCAUGUCGCAUAAGCAGAUCUACUAUUCGGACAAGUACGACGACGAGGAGUUCGAGUACCGGCAUGUGAUGCUGCCCAAAGACAUUGCGAAGCUGGUUCCCAAGACCCAUCUCAUGUCUGAGUCAGAAUGGAGGAAUCUUGGUGUGCAGCAGAGCCAGGGAUGGGUUCACUACAUGAUCCACGAGCCAGAGCCUCAUAUCCUGCUUUUCCGAAGACCCUUGCCAAAGAAGCCAGAAAAGUGACUCGUGGGGUCAACGUUCCUCGGAAGGUUUAGAUACAAGCACCUUUUUAAAUUAAAGCCCUGUGUUUCUG